UUUAAGUUUGGUUUACGUCCAAACGCGGACAUAGUCUUCCAGCAUCUAUAAAUUCCUCUACCUCCUCCACUCACUUCAUCUCUCAUCUUCCCCCCAACUUCCCAACCCAAACCAGCUGCCACAAACUCCCAGAGAGAGAAAAAAACCCAAAUUCUAGAGAGAGAGAGGGGGUUCACACACUGUGCAUAGAUAAGGUUUUGUUGCAAUGACUGACGUCAACAGCGCCGGCGGUGAGUUGGUUCACGGAGGUCAGUUUAUAAGGCACAACGUAUCCGGCCAUCUCUUCGAGAUCACGGCCAAGUAUCGGCCACCGAUCAUGCCUCUCGGUCGUGGUGCUUAUGGAAUUGUCUGCUCGAUGUUGAAUUCGGAGACGAACGAGAUGAUCGCGAUGAAGAAGAUUUCCGAUGCUUUUGAUAAUUACACGGACGCAAAGCGUACGCUAAGGGAAAUUAAGCUUCUUCGCCAUUUGAGUCACGAAAAUGUAACAGGUAUAAGAGAUAUAGUUCCUCCACCAUUAAAGAGAGAAUUUUUUGAUGUCUACAUUGCCACGGAACUCAUGGACACUGAUCUUCACCAAAUAAUUCGAUCUAAACAAAGUUUAUCAGAGGAACACUGUCAGUACUUCUUGUAUCAGAUCCUUCGAGGACUGAAAUAUAUACAUUCUGCAAAUGUUAUUCAUAGAGAUUUGAAACCCAGCAACCUCUUGGUGAAUGCAAAUUGUGAUCUGAAGAUCUGUGAUUUUGGUCUUGCUCGGCCAACUUCAGAGACUCAGUUCAUGACCGAAUAUGUUGUCACCAGAUGGUACAGGGCACCUGAGCUUUUGUUAAACUCUUCAGACUACACUGCUGCUAUUGAUGUGUGGUCUGUGGGUUGCAUCUUUAUGGAGCUUAUGAACAGAAAGCCUUUACUUGCGGGUAAAGACCAUGUGCAUCAGCUGCGCUUGUUGAUAGAGCUUCUUGGCACACCCACUGAAUCAGAUAUUGGGUUCAUUCGGAGCAAAGAUGCAAGAAGCUAUAUCUGUCAACUACCCCAACAUCCUCGGCAGCAGUUAGCAAAGGUUUUCCCACAUGUCCAUCCAUUAGCUGUUGAUCUUGUUGAUAAAAUGUUGACAUUUGAUCCUGCUAAAAGAAUUACAGUUGAGGAAGCAUUAGCCCAUCCUUACCUUGCAAGAUUACAUGAUGCAGCUGAUGAACCAGUCUGCCUAGAGCCAUUCUCCUUUGAUUUUGAACAAGCCUUGGGCGAAGAGCAGAUAAAGGAUAUGAUUUACCAGGAGGCCUUAGCACUCAAUCCGGAGUAUGCAUAAUGCAAAAAACAAAAUCCAUGUCAGGUUCUCUAUAUAACAAGUCUGUAAGUCCAGUUCUGCUCAGAUGAGAAGAUCACUGCAAUUGAAAUAUUGCAUCCAGUAGAGCAAACUCCUUUUCAACAAUCCAAUUUAUAAUGUACUGAUCAAAUAGCUAAGAUCAUCCUCUCAAUCGGAUUUGAUCUGGUAUUAUUUAAUUGUGUGGUGUAUGGAUCUUGGAUUUUGUCAUAGAAGGGAAGAGAUUUGUGAAAAAAAAAUACAGCUUUUAUCUCAUUCACUUUUUGCUUCUCAAAUCCAAGAUCUAUGCACAACCUUGGUGUCUCUUUUGAUUGUCACUUUUUGCUUCUCCAAUCAGUUGUACUGUAUUUAUGAGGUCAGUAUCUUCAAGGGUUCUGUUUUCCUCAUAGCUCUUACCAAAUGCCUCUUCAUUUUGUAUUUGUUUUUUUUGUGUCUGAAAUUUUAUUGUACAGUAGCUUGGAUUGAUUGUAAAGAAGAUGUAUAACUUGUGUUGAAAAUAUAUGAAUGAGAAUUACCAUUUGUUGUUCUUUAUA